GCCAAGAAAACCAACCUGUAGAAACACCAAAGCAAGACACAUAUCAGCUCAUGAACUUCAUGUUUCCAUCAAUGAACCACAGCUCCUCAGUGACGGCAGUGCUCAUGCAGCCCCCAGAGACCACACGAGAAACUGCUGGGAUUUUGGACAGAAGGGCUUCCCCUCUCCGUGGACAUGACAGAUAUACAGGAUUAGAAGGUAAUCCUGCGCGCUCUCAUUGAGCAUGCGCAGAGUGAGGCGCGUCGAAGGCAAGCUCCGUCUGCAGUUGGGAACUCCUCGACAAAAUCUCAUCCUCUCCACACUUAGUGAUGAACUAAAGAAGAAGCCAAUUCCUUGAUGAUAAUGAAGCGGGAAAAAUCCCCAAAUCCAGUGGCCUGACGGUGACCUCUUCCUCCUUGAAGCCACCGAGGCAAAAAAAAACAGACGUUCUUUGCAUCAGAUGCCCGACCGUCCAGCUCAUGGACAGGGAGAGUUGGCGUGACAUGUCCACGAGUGCAUCCAGAACAGGAUGUCCAAAUGUGAGCUGAUCGAACUGAAGGACCUCAGCGUGAAUGAUCCCAUCGAGCUGGUGGCCCCCGGGCCUCGCGGUGCUCCGAGUCGAGUCGGCCACUUCCACCUUGUCCGUCUUGUCGGGGACACCGUCCGUAUCGAGGCCCCGCCUACAGAGACGGGAAGCGGCCACGACUUCCAGCCCUACGGUCAUACUCACCUGAGCUGGUGUGACCUGUGUGGAGAAUUCAUCUGGGGUCUUUAUAAGCAGCCUCUACGCUGCAUCAAUUGCAGCUACACUUGUCACCACAGAUGUCGAGCGCUCAUCCAGCUGGACUGCAGCACAGACACAAGUUUUCCAGCAGAGCAGGUGGAUUUCUCUGUGGACUCUAUCGAGACGGACACCAACGUGGAUGAACAGACUGACUGGCCCAAGCGGGAGUUAAGUGUUGGAGAACUUCAUCAAAAGGUCCAAGAGUACAACGCUCAGAUCAACAGCAAUCUCUACAUGCUGCUGAACAAAGAUGGCUCCUACACCGGUUUCAUCAAAGUCCACUUUCAAUUAGUCCGUCCUGUCACCCUGCCGCCUCCUCAGGACCCAACACAGGACGAGUACGAGCACAGCCGGCGGUUGCAACGGCGGACGUCCUUCUAUCUCCCCAAGGACGCUGCGAAGCACCUGCAUAUCAGCUCCCGUACACGAGUGCGAGAAGUCAUCCAGGCUUUGCUCAACAAGUUCACGGUGGUGGACAACCCCGCCAAGUUUGCUCUCUUUGAGCGCGCCGACAGACACAGUCAAGUGUACAUGCGGAAACUGAGUGACGAUGAGUGUCCCUUACGGCUGCGCUUGUGUGCGGGACCCAGUGAAAAAGUCCUGAGUCUGGUCCUCAAGGAGAAUGAAACUGGGGAAGUUAAUUGGGAUGCGUUCAGCUUUCCCGAGCUGUGCAACUUCCUGCGGAUCCUGCAGCGUGAGGAAGAGGAGCAUUCACGGCAAAUAGUGAGGCGCUAUGCUUAUGCUCGAGACCUGAUGACCAGGGCCAUGGCCAGGAUUACUGCUCCUGCUUGACUUUGGGCAAAUCCACAAUUGAUACGGAACUCCAGUGUCAAAGGGAACGACUUGUUUUAAUAAAGUUUACCAGAGAUACUGGAUGUACAUUUAAUGUGAAUGUUUUUGUGACAGCAGUGCCAGUGUAAAUAAGUAAAUAACUGGAUUGAGAGUCAUCCUGCUUUGUUUAGGUUAUUUGUCGUGGUUUCACAAGCACACGAGUCAUAAAGAGUAGUCUUAUUUCAUCAAAUGUUUGAAUUAAAACAUGUUGGCACUUUAGUGGCGGUGGCUGUGGAAAUGUGUUUGAUAAAUUGUGUUUAUAGUGUAUUCUAAUAAACUGAUGGUCUGAGGGGUUCAUGAGUGUCAUUUUAAAAAGUAAUGUAGAAAAAUGAAAAUAAUGAACACAUUAUAGAAGGAAAAAAACAUGCAGUAUUCUCUUUUCACCCAAAACAAUUGCUUAAUGUAAAAAAAAACCAAAAAACCUGCAAGUUUGUUUUUUCAUAUGUUUUGGUCAUUUAAUUUGCUUUUCAUGAAUAGAAAUUGAAUGACUUUUUUUAUUUUUUAUUUCCACGAUGGAGCCGCUGUAGUGGCUGCUGGUGGCAGGAGCUCUGUGCUCAUCCUUUUGUGUUCCUGGUGUUUC